AUGCGGUUCUCAACAGAUGAACUAGUUAAAGAGGUUGAGAACCCGAUCACAGAGUUCAAGAGUACGAUGAGGAACGUGGAAAAAUCUCGUACAAGAGAUUUUGGAAGCAGCAAAGGUGCUAGAAUGGUUGCAAGAACGAGCGAACAUUCAUUAGAUUACUCGUUGAUGAGCAUAGUAAUGAUGAUUCAUGAUUGGCAUGUUCUGAGUAAAAGAGGUCUGAGGCAGGGAUGUGCUUUGUCGCCAUAUCUCUUUGUGGUGUGUAUGAAUGUCCUUUCUCAUCUUCUGGACAGAGCGGCUACUCAGAAGAUCAUUGGUUACCAUCCUAAAUGCCAAAAUAUCUUGCUUACGCAUUUAUGCUUUGCAGAUGAUUUAUUAGUAUUUACGGAUGGGACUAAACGAUCAAUAGAGAAUGUUCUUAAGAUCUUUGAAGAGUUUGCAGUCAUGUCGGGGUUGAAGAUAAGUUUGGAGAAGUCUACUCUGUAUACAGCGGGACUGACUGAGCUUCAAGAAGGGGAUAUUCUCACUUGCUUCCCUUUCGCAGCUGGAAAGUUACCAGUAAGAUAUUUGGGGUUGCCUCUGCUCACAAGAAGAAUGACCAUCAAUGACUACAUGCCGCUGGUGGAGAAAAUAAGGAAGAGAAUGAGUUCUUGGACAGGAAGGUUCCUCUCCUAUGGAGGAAGAUUGCAACUCAUUAACUCUGUCAUAACAAGCAUGGCUAAUUUCUGGAUGUCGGCAUUUCGUCUUCCUGGUAGUUGUUUGAAAGAGAUUGAAAGCUUAUGCUCAGCUUUCUUAUGGUCUGGCCCUGAAUUGAAAACAAGUAAAGCGAAAGUCAGUUGGAAGGAUGUUUGUUUACCAAAGAAAGAAGGAGGGUUGGGUUUAAGACCACUGAAGGAGAUCAACACUGUACUCUGUCUAAAGCUAUUGUGGAGAUUAUUUUCAAAUCGAGCUUCUUUAUGGGUCAAGUGGAUUCAUUGCUAUUUGAUAAGAAAGGGUUCCUUCUGGUCAAUGAAAAUUCAAGCUGCUGUUGGAUCUUGGAUGUGGAGAAAAAUUUUGAAGAUGAGAGAUUUAGCUCAGGCUUAUAUUAGAAUGGAAGUGCACAAUGGCAAGCACACUUCCUUCUGGUAUGACUCUUGGUCAUGUUUGGGUCGGCUCAAAGAUGCGGUAGGAGACAGAGGACCUCUUCGGAUUGGGAUUGCAGAAAAUGCUCUGGUUGAGGAAGUGCUAAGGAAUCAUCGGAGGAGAAGGCAUAGGAUCAUAAUUCUGAACGAAAUGGAGGAUGAGAUUGAUAAGUUGAGAGAUAGAGAUGAUCAAGAAGAUGACAUGCCACUUUGGAAACAGGUGUGGAGAGAAUUGAUUGGAGGGGUUAUGAAAGAUGAGUUCACUGUGGAUUGGGAUGAGAUAUGGGAAACAAUCUCUAAUCCUAGUACCAGAUAUUCAAAAACGGAGAUGUUUCUGAUUCAGUACUCUUUUCAAGCCCUGCUGCAUAGUAUAUGGGGGGAAAGAAAUGCAAGAAGACACGGUGAAUGUCCAAGAAAUGAAAGGGUAUUGGUUACUUGGGUGGAAAAAACAGUGAGACUGAAGCUGCUGGCAGUAAAGGGAAAGGGCCACAAGUACCUUGAAGAGGGUUUGAGUGUCUGGUUUGGAGCGAGAAUGAUAAACGCAUGA